UGUUACCAGAGACCAGAAUGUAAGCACAAGAUAGUGCCCAAAGCAGUCAUAAGAAGAGGCCCCCAUUCUCCCACCCUUUCCGCUGCAAUGGAAGUCUCCAGCGUAGGUAAAUAAAAAAAUAAUUGCAGGGGAAAAACUACGAUUUCCAUCAUGCCUUGCGGAAGGAAGGUCCUUCGCCACGGUAUUCCUUGGAAAUUGUAGUCUUAUGGAGAGGAGCUUAUGGCACCGUAAACUGGCACGAUUUUCACAGCGACCCAGUUGACAGAUUGGGGGCCUCCGUGCGGUUAUAUACGUCAACAGCUAUGAACUGGACUAUUAGGUUUUCAUAUCUUGAGAGCGGAGACUUAGGUGAAAGCGCUUACAAGUCCUAAGAAGACUACAACUUCCAUCAAGCCCCGCGGGCCCCAGCCCCACAACAUGGAACCACAAGUUACUUUAAAUGUGACUUUUAAAAAUGAGACUCAAAGCUUUCUGGUUUCUGAUCCAGAAAAUACAACUUGGGCUGAUGUGGAAGUUAUGGUAAAAGUUUCAUUUGAUUUGAACACUAUUCAAAUAAAAUACCUGGAUGAGGAAAAUGAAGAGGUAUCCAUCAAUAGUCAAGGAGAAUAUGAAGAAGCACUUAAGAUGGCAGUUAAGCAGGGAAACCAACUGCAGAUGCAAGUCCACGAGGGGUACCAUGUUGUUGAUGAAGUUCCACCUCCAACUGUAGCAGGAAAACGAUUACCUGCCAGGGCAGGGAAGAAGCCCCUUGCACAUUACUCUUCACUGGUGAGAGUCUUGGGAUCAGAUAUGAAGACCCCAGAGGGGCCUGCAGCACAGUCAUUUGCACUUGCUCCACGUGACAAAGAACAGCCUGAAGACAAGCCCCCGGACUGGUUCACAAACUACCUGGAGACAUUCAGAGAGCAAGUGGUUAAAGAAACAGUUGAGAAGCUUGAACAGAAAUUACGUGAGAAGCUUGUCCUCCAGAGUCCAUCCUUAGGUUCCGGUCCCUCGGAAGUCUCAAUGCCUGCUUCAGAGGAAACACUGUUUUUGCCAGAAAACCAGUUCAGCUGGCAUAUUGCUUGCAGCAGCUGCCAAAGAAGGAUCAUAGGCGUACGCUACCAGUGUAGUCUGUGCCCAUCCUACAAUAUCUGUGAAGAUUGUGAAGCAGGGCCGUAUGCCCAUGAUACCAACCAUGUCCUGCUGCGGAGACCCAUUGUAGGUCCCUCCGAACCAUUCUCCCAUUCAAAAUACUCUACUCCUCGUCUUCCUGCUGCUCUGGAACAAGUCAGGCUUCAGAAACAGGUUGAUAAGAACUUUCUUAAAGCGGAAAAGCAAAGGUUGAGAGCUGAGAAGAAGCAACGUAAAGCAGAGGUCAAGGAACUUAAAAAGCAGCUUAAACUCCAUAGGAAGAUUCAUCUGUGGAAUUCAAUCCAUGGACUUCAGAACCCCAAGUCUCCUUUGGGCCGACCUGAAAGCUUACUGCAGUCUAGCACCCUGAUGCUCUCUUUGCAGCCCUGUGCUCCAAUUAUGCCAACACUCAGUGCGGCAUUUGUGGAUGAGAAUUUGCCUGAUGGGACUCACCUUCAGCCAGGGACCAAGUUUAUUAAACACUGGCGGAUGAAAAAUACAGGAAAUGUAAAGUGGAGUGCCGACACAAAGCUUAAACUCAUGUGGGGAAACCUGACUUUGGCAUCUACAGAAAAGAAAGAUGUUUCAGUUCCCUGCCUGAAGGCUGGCCAUGUGGGCGUUGUGUCUGUGGAGUUCAUUGCCCCAGCCUUGGAGGGAACAUACACAUCCCAUUGGCGUCUUUCUCACAAAAGCCAGCAGUUUGGGCCUCGGGUUUGGUGCAGUAUUAUAGUGGAUUCUUUCCCCUCCACAGAGAGCCCUGAUAACUUGGAGAAGGGCCUGAGUAGCUCAAGCAAAGAUGAUGAUCUCACCUGCCAGCAAGAGGAGGCUUUUCUUUUGGCCAAAGAAGAAAUUCAUCUUGGCAAAGCAUCUGAGCAGACAGAAGGGACAGGGACCUGCAUCCCACAGAAAACAAAAAACGUUGCCAGUGAAAGGGAGCUCUACAUCCCAUCUGUGGACCUCCUGACCGCUCAGGACCUGCUGUCCUUUGAGCUGUUAGAUAUAAACAUUGUCCAGGAGUUGGAGAGAGUCCCCCACAACACCCCUGUGGAUAUGACUCCCUGCAUGUCUCCUCUGCCACACGACAGUCCCUUAAUAGAGAAGCCAGGCUUGGGGCAGAUACAGGAAGAGAGUGAAGGGGCGGGAUUUAAAGCACUUCCUGAUUCCACAGUGUCAGUAAAGAGAAAGGCUGAGAACAUUGCUUCGGUGGAAGAAGCAGAAGAAGACCUGAGUGGGACCCAGUUUGUGUGUGAAACUGUAAUCCGAUCCCUUACCUUGGAUGCUGCCCCAGACCACAACCCUCCUUGCAGACAGAAGUCUCUUCAGAGGUCGGAAUUACAGCUGCAUUCCACAGAGGAACAGCAGCCUAUUGUGCUGCCUGGACUUUGCAGUGAGGAAUCUUCCUUGAAAUUUGCCUUGCCUGAAGAGGGACCACUUGGAGAUGAGAGGGAGGAAAUUGUCCAUAUUGCUGAGGAAGAAGUUGUGGAGGAGGAGGAUGAGCUCAAAGAUGAAGUUCGGAGUCAAUCCUCUGCUUCCUCGGAGGACUAUAUCAUCAUCCUGCCCGAGUGCUUUGAUACAAGCCGCCCCCUGGGGGACUCCAUGUAUAGUUCUGCGCUCUCGCAGCCCGGCCUAGAGCGAGUGGCUGAAGGCGAGCCUGGGAUUGAGGCUGGGCAGGAACCAGCCGAGGCGGGGGAAAGACUCCCUGGAGGAGAGAACCAGCCACAAGAACACAGCAUCAAUGACAUCCUCAUGACCUCACAAACUCUGGAAACAGUGCCCCUAAUCCCUGAGGUGGUGGGGCUUCCACCACCACGGCCCAGGAGCGCUCCUUGUGUACAGCAUCAUGGUUCCCCAGACGUGGAUUUACCAGUUACCAUACCAGAAGUGUCUUCAGUCCCUGAUCAGAUCAGAGGAGAGCCCAGAGGCUCAUCAGGACUUGUAAACAACAGACAGAAGAGCUAUGACCACUCAAGGCGCCACCAAGGAAGCAGCAUUGCAGGAGGGCUAGUGAAGGGGGCUUUGUCUGUUGCUGCCUCUGCAUACAAGGCCCUAUUUGCUGGGCCACCAGUCACUGCACAGCCAAUAGUUUCUGAAGAUCAGACAGCAGCCCUGAUGGCCCAUCUCUUUGAAAUGGGAUUCUGUGACAGGCAGCUGAACCUAAGGCUGCUGAAGAAACACAAUUACAACAUCCUGCAAGUUGUGACAGAACUCCUUCAGAUCAACAACAAUGACUGGUACAGCCACCGCUAUUGAGGAGUGACCUUGUAUUAAAUAACUACCUGCUGCUCAGAGAUGAUCUGUAUUCUGUCAUUGGGGUGUGGGGGAGAAGCCCUUGCUUGUUUUUAAACCUCAUGAAUGUAUUAUAUAGAGCCCUUUAUUGAAUUAUCAAGACAAUACCUGUUACAGUAUUUUUGGAGCAAAUCAAAGAUCAGAACUUAAAAUUUUCAGUCUAGACAUUGGAUGAGUAAUAGGAAGACAGUUUUUCAACUGAUUUGGAUAAAACUCCUUUCUCCAUUUUAGUGCAUUGAAGAGUAUAACUUGAAUUUCUAUAGAACCUUUUUCUUUCUGCUUGUAUUUAAGUUUAUUUCUUUGGUUACUGUGGAUGUUUUAUGGGAUAUCUGUUAAUUGUCAAUUUUUAAAGGAAAUUACCUUGGAAGUUGUUUUUCAAGAAUUAUUCUCAUAAUUUCUGUAACCUACCCCAGGCCUCUUAGCUAAGGUGGCACUGAAAUGACACCUAGCGCAUGAUAGAAACAUUGCUAUUCUUCCAUUCUCAAGAAGGUCACUUCCCCACAAAACUAGGAAUUGGCACUUAGCAAUUGCUUUCUAAAGACCCCAUCGGUGCAUUUAAAAGUACCUCUUCCCAGGGAUCGCUGCAUUUCAAUGAAGAGGAAAGGGUGUGCUGAUUGACACACCAGCUCCUAUUGAGCAGUGUCUAUUGUAGUAAUUUAGCAUACAUUUUUCUUUUAUUUAAGGGAAAAAAAUGUAGGUAGGUAGUGUGAAAUAUUUUGCUAAUCCUAUAGAGAAGGAAAAUAACCUUUCUGUUACUUAAAGGGAAAAGUAAAUUUAACAGUUAAUUCUUUUCUUUAUGUCAGGGCAGAUCUUAUUGUAGAGUAUGGCAAGUAGAAAAAUGUGAAAAGGGAAAAAGGCAGGGUCCUAGUUUCUCAGUCAAGUUCAGAGUGGGCAAGUGAGUCUAUUGAGAGUUGUAGGAAAUGCAGACGAUUCCUUGAUGGUUUGAACUCUGUCCAGAGAUAUCUGGUCCUAGAGAGCCCAGAACAGGAAGAUGGUAUUUCACAAAAUUUUGAUGGGGUAAACUCGCUGGAAAAGUUUUUGUUUAAUCGACUAGAAUGAAUAGGAAAGAGCUGGCUUCCAGAAGUACCGGGGUUUCCCUCUUUAUAGAACGGAGUCUUGGGUAGUUCGUGAAGGAAAAAAAAAAAAAAAAAAGGAGGAGGAAACGCUGUUUUAUUCAUGAAAAGGAAGAAUCUUGGCCUGAAGGGGAAAGGAUAGGUAAAAUAGUAUUUAACCUGGUUGGUAUUUAUAAUGAAAGGUGAUUUUAAUUAUUAGCCAUAAUGAUGUUUAUUUACAGUGUAACUCUUGGAUGCUACUACAUAAACCAGGCUGUUUAUUAUUUAAACGUUUUUACGGGGGCUUCUGGGUAGGAGGAGGAGCGGCAGGGUGUGUGUAAUUGGGUUGAUUUCCAGCGGGACCUGUCUUAACCAUCUGAGUAGGGGUCCAAAAGAGCCCUUGGGACCGGUCGUUCUCCCCGUUGUACUUGUACAUAACCAUUUAAAGACUGAUGAAAUAAAUGUUCUUUGAAACCCCUA